AACAUGCAAUUGGCCAUGAACGGUGAUGGUAACGGCAGGACCUUGCGUAGACGCUUGAAGACGAGUGACCUGGUAUGCGGGUCAUGUUCGGUCGCAAUGAUCAACGAUGGUCCUGAAGCUGUAUGCGCUUCGAUGGGAGCAGAGGAAGGCAUUUCGAGCUGGGAAGGUGAGGGGAGUGGAGGAUCACUCGGGCUACCUAUCGGCGUAUCCUUUUCUAUUGAUGGCAUGCUGAGGGGAGAGAUGAUGUGUUGAGAUGAGAUGAGAAGGAAUGUGGUUCCAAGAUGUUAAUUUGGAUGGCGAGCCUCAAGAUGAUGAUGUAUACCCUUUGCCGAUGGAAUUCUCAGCUCUUCUCCCAUAUAUACCUUCUUCCACACUACCGCCUUCCAGCAGUACGAUCCUGAUUGGGUUCCGUCUUUUCCACAGUUUAUCCGAAAGCCAAGAGAAGAAAGAUGCCCCGAGAGAAUCUGAUUGGAAAUCUGAGGGCGCGCUUCUUUUUUUCAGGUGCGGAAUGCGCGGAAGAUCGCUUCAGGUCAGCUCGAGGUGGUUUGGUCGAUUGGACUAUUGGCUGACUGGCUGGCUCACUCGCUCGCUCGUACUGCCUACCAUUUCACUCAUACCACACGAGUGUGUUCCAGCGUCUUGGCUCUUACUUUGGCCCCUUUCGAACAUACAAUGCUCAAGAGGAUGCCUAGUCGCAAAACCCGAGAUCUUUUUGAACCCCGACUCCACUCUGGAUAAACUCUGGAUAAAUACUGUGCCAGCCUCGAAAUCGGAAUUGACCGAGAAUCCAGACGCAGACGCCCAGUCCAAGAGGCUGCAUGACUUACGGGCACUAUGGACGGACACGUUGGACUCUGGCAUUAUGACUAGGUGAAGCUCACAGAGGAUUCGUGCCCUGAGGAAUCUGUUCGUCUAUCAGGCUGCAAUGCUUCCUCGCCCAGCUUGAACAGUGAAGGUUGGAGCAACACCACCCUACAAGGGACGUGUCAUCUCACUGGAGCAUGGUAUGAGGUGCCAUUGCCGGUGCUACACAAAAGAUGUCUCUCACGCGUCACGCGAAUGAACGCGUUCAACGGUGGCCAUAUCCACUACGCACUGAUCGCCAUUUGCCAUGUGUUGACAUGUUGAUGAUGUGUAUGUGUGUGUGUGUGUGUGUGUGU